AGCGAAAAAACAAAUUUUGGGGUUAGGUGCACUUUAAACAAUCGACAGCGAGCUGAAGACUAGUAGGAAAAUUUCGAAUUCCUUUAAAAAUUGUGGCGGCCAUUCGUGGUAACGCUGCGGUCGUGAUGAUAUUUCUCAUUGCAAUUCCCUUUUUCAUGUUUUGAAUUGCAAGCACCACUUAACUCCACAGUUUAUGGACCAAUCGGAUGCGCGCAGAUAAACUUGAGUGUCCAGAAUAAAGCCUCCAGCGCGAAUAACAGAAAUUCGUUACUCAAAACUAAAUCCGUCGACAUCUUUCGUUAGAAUUGGCCAUCCGUCAUUCUGCCUGUACAAGUUAUAUAGUUUGUGAUUGCUGAACUACACGUGGUUCAGUAAGAAAGUCGAGAAAGUUAAAUCACGCUUACGGCAUAGCUUGUACACUUGCGCCGAAACGUGAAAUUAUGCCUUCAAAACCCGGGGAUUCUUUAAAGUGGGGAAACUUUAAAACGGGGAAUCAUUGUAGUGAAAAGUCAAACAGGAAAUCUUUUUCCUCGCAGCGAGGAAAGUAGAAAGUAGAUCCAAUUAAAUUUGUCGAUGGCCUUUCCGCCAAAACGAACUAACAUGCAAGAAAAAUAUCACCAGGGGGUGGGGAGUCUCGUGUCCCGUCCACACUCUAACGCAGGGCAGCUCGUAGUCUAUUGGAAUGGCGUAUGCUGACUGCUUUAAUUUAUACCUCGAAAACUUCUCUCUGCAAGUGAGCGUUUGGACCCAUUUGAAAAUCAGUAUUGUAAAGGAGCUGGUGGUUCUAAGUAUCCAUGGAAACGAUAAGAAUGCGAGACAGCUAAAGUCCUGUAAAUGGUCCUUUUUUUCUCUCCUUGGAAGCGCUAUUUAAAAAGAAAAGGCUUCAACAUCAACAAAAAAUAAAUAUGUUUAGAAAAGUUUUCUAUUCACGUGUGUUUUGAAGAGGAAUCGAAGGGAUGUCACCUCAGCUUGGAAUUGGAGUAGUCAGAGAAAUAACAGUGAACGCAUCCUUGAUUUUAAAAACAGGUACCAAAAAUUCACCUUCAACUCAUAACUUAUUCAUUGCUUGUGGAUCGACGUUUGAAAGUCUCACUAAAACCGUGCGUCUUGCGAUCGUAAGGGAUAUAAUAACAAGUGAGUUUUGAAACAGGCAAAUAUUGAAAGAAGCCGUCUGCUGUUAGUCGAUUCAACACUCAGGUGGGAGAGAGAGGCGAGACCAGUGUUUAGAACGAUUCUUUAUUUUGGUGUGAGAUGAAAAGCCUGUGGUGGAAAUAGAUUUGCUAGUAAAGGGAGACUUCGUAUCAUGAACAUUACCACAACCUUGGCAUGGCUAAUUACAGCCCACUUUAUCCAGGGGCUCAUAGGUCUUCCAAUAGACCGGGAGCUUCUUCGUGUCAAAAGGAAGGGAGGAGGAGAGUUUGACAACGGCGAGGAACUCAUCAACAAAGUAAGAAGAUCGCAAGACGACAAAGAAACUGAGAUCAGGCACAAAAGACGAUUCUUUGCCAUAGACACCACUGAACGUGAAUCACAGGAAAGUUACAAAACCAAAAUGGAGGCCAGAUCGUCCCGUUCAUCCCGUGAGGAUAAUGACAUCACAGCAAAACGACCCGAGAGAUUUCGACUCAGAAUUCACAAGAGAAGCCACGACGAAAGCUCUUUGAUCAAAGGCGAUACCAUUUCUGGUUCCGGCCAACAACCAGAACCAGGCACUUCCGGUUCCGGGUUAUGGAGCGGACCUUUGCAGCACUCAAAGAGAGACAAUAAGCGAAGCAUGAGUUCAAAUUCGCUUGACAGCCUCAUUGCAACAUUACGGGCGAUUAGCUCUCUCGCUCCAGAGGAUAAUGACAAUUCAGAUAAAGAGAUCGAGUCCUCGGAAUCUGGUUUAUGGCUAAAACCAGACAAUGCAAUCGAUGAUAAACUGCCGCAGUUUUUCAACGAGGAAGCAAGCUCUGGGAGCGGAGAAGACGCCGAGAAAGCUCUUAACAUGUUGAGCGAAACGGCGCAAAUGGAACUAAGCAAAAAUGGGGAUGAAGUCAGCAGUGGCUUAGCAGUAAGCGAACCAAAGGUUAGCAGCGAGGAGGACAAGCCAGAUAACGGCGGGAAAUUGUUCCGACGUGACGUGAAGAGUGAUUCACUGGCGGACGAUUUAGUAGCUGCCGCUGAAAACGACGAUAAAAGUGAUAAUUCUGAACAGGAGGAUCAUCUAUCUUCCUCAUCAGGAUCAGGAAACGAGAAGCAGGAAGCCGAAGAUGAAAUGUCACAACAGCCAGAUGAAGACAAAAUUAAAGAACAACCGGACAUAAAGACAACACGAACGUUAGCGGAUGCCCUGCUCCCUAACGCGUUUUUUCGCGUGAAGAGAUCGUCUCAAGAAGACGCCAUGCUGCUGUCUGAGAGCAACCUAGGUGAAAAUGACGCCUUGGUUAGCAACAGUCUUGUAGCGCGCUUUUACCGCGACCAAGACGCCCUCGCCGACGCACCGGACAUUACGGAAGCUUCGGUGGCAUCCCUUCCUAGCGAGACCGAAGCUGUUUCCAGCCUCGAUAAAAAAGUAAAGCCUGUGAAACGAGAAACAUAUUACGAUCACUCCGGAGACUUCUCAGAACCAAGAGUUGUGUACACAAGGGAGAUAACUGAGGCCCGCGAUCCAAUCAUAGAGCGGCCAGCAGUCUACUCACAGAGUACGGACGAGAGCGAAAUGGAUUCGAGUUUUGGAGGCGAUGAUGAUGAUGACGAUGACGCUACUCUAACGAUUCAUGAAAGAGAAAUUAGAGAAGAUGGAUAUGUUGGUUGCUACGAAGACAAGUCUCCUGACCGCGAUCUUCCCACAAUUCUUUCGGUGCCAAACCUGACUCCUGACUCGUGCCGCAGUGCAUGCCAGGGAGCUGGUCACGCGUAUGCCGGAGUGCAGUAUGGGUAUUUGUGCCGGUGUGGUGACUCGUACGGUAAAUACACCAAGGUAUCGGAUGAGGAGUGCAAUGCGCUGUGUGUUGGGGAUCGCGCUCAGAAAUGUGGUGGAUUCUGGAGGAGUGCAGUAUUCACGACCGGUAAGUGGGAUCUACCGCUUUUCAACACUUAUGUGGAGCUCCAUCGGGUCAGGAAAAAUACAGCAACAACAAGCUAAGAUUCUGCCACUUGGAAUGGUUCUUGGUAAACCAAAUACCCUCCACCUCCAUGAUUAAUAAAUUAUGAUCCUUCCCUAAUUUAAGUUAUCAACGGGUUUAACUAUUGACCACAACAUGCCAACCGAAAAAUGGGAUUAAUAUUUACCG